AUCAGACAUCUUAAAAAAUCAAUAAAUUUUCAUAAUAGCCACAAAACCAGAUCAAAAACACAAAAAAAAAAUAUAUAAAAAAUCAUUAUUUUAACACGGCGCACGAACUUUUUUCUCAACCUAAUAGGUAGAAAGUGCUCAGGAUUUUGUUUGGAGAAUCUUCUGUCCGUAAACAGUGAAAAAUAUCGACUUCUAAUUUUCUAUAAUGCCGAGGUUCUGAAAUUUUUAAACUUUUUUUGUCAAUUUUACCCAUGAAUCUUUUGAAUAAGAAAGGUUCCAGCUUAUAUGCAUAAAAUCGCGUAUAUCGUGAUAUGAACUUCACAAAACUAUUUAUUAAUUACUAUUUUCUAAAUAGAUCUAACCGUAAACAUGAGAUCAUUUCAAAUGAUGCGUUAUGCUCGACGAUCAACGCCGACAAGUCAUGAAAUUGGACAUACAUUAUCACAGUCAACUAGUUUGAAACACAGAGCUUCAAUAUCACCAUCAGUAUUUUCUGAUACAUUUAAUUCAAAAGGUUAUAGCAGUUUACCAGUUGAAAAGUCACCGUCAUUAGUAAGACGCAAUACUAUCGCCAAUCAAAAAUCAUUACUUCAACCAUCAUCCGAAUUUUCAACCGAGUCUCGUCGAUCAUCACUUACUCUUGGUCGACAUCCAAGUUUUCACGAAAUUGAAACAUCAAAAUCCCGUUCAAAUUUAAGAAAUUUUUAUAUAUUUUUUGUAUUAUUAUUUUUAUUUAUUUUUACUGCUGUCGUCUACUCGUUUAUUCGAAUGGUUUACAAUCAGCCAAAAUAG